UUCCUCAAGUAUUUUAAAACAUUUGGAAGGGUAUUUGGCCGUUAUUUUUGCUAUUUUUCUUUUAAAAGUAUAUAUAAAUAAGGGCCAAGCAAUAACAAAAAUAUUUCUUCCAUCAGACAUUUUCCCAAAAAUUAAUCAAAACAAAUGCAGAAUUAUUUUUCAAGCUUUCUAAGCUCUAAGGCUUUAUGUCAUUCCCUCCUCUCAAUUCUCCUAUUUCUCUCCUCCUUCAAUAAAGCCUCCAGUUUCCGUCUGCAGGGUGCUGCAGUGAAAGGGCAACUUUUUUGCAAAGGAAUACCUGCCGCUCAUAUAAAUGUUGGAUUACUUGAUGUUGAUAGAAAUCCUGGCGAUCCCGAUGAUUUAUUGGAUAAGGGAGUAACUGAUAAAUAUGGAAAUUUUGCUUUGGAUGGGACUACCAGAGAAUUGCUGAGUAUUGAACCAGAAUUGCGAAUUAUACACGAUUGUGAUGAUGGUCUAAAGGUUUUUAUGAGGACGUGCCAUCGUCUAACAAUUAUUAAAGUUGGAAACGAAUAUAUACACCAUGGAAAAGUCGAAAAAUUUUUUGAUAUUGGGUUGCUCGAUCUAUCAGAAAUACCUCAAACAGAAAAUAUAAGUGAACAACGUUAUUGUUUGGACGACUUUUAA